UCUCUUUGCAACAUGUCCUUCCCUAUCAGCCAUAUUGAAAGGCAGCUCUUAGUGACUAAGCUGGAGGCAGUGCAAAGAUCUAAGGGAUUUGCAGGUGUAACCGGACAUUCUGUUCACUGUAAGUCAGUGUGCCUGGGGAAAUAAAAUAGCAGCUGAGUAACAUGGCUCAAAGGCAGCCUUUGAAUCAUGAACUCUCCAAGCUUUUCAACAAGCUUUGGGAUGCAGAUGUGAAUCGCUUUCUGCCUGGAAAAGACUAUUCCAUUUCCUUACAGGGGAAAGCUGACUUUGUUCCUCGGGGUAGUAAUGUGUCCAGGGACAGUGCAUCCGAACCUUUGUUUUGCAGUGUAAAUGAAGGACGUCUGAAGAACACAGAAACUUAUUCAACCUUUAGUUCACUGCUGGACAACUAUGAGACAUCAACAGGUGUGGCAGAGCUGGUGACCCCACAGGAAAUGGCUGAAAACAAUCAUUUUCUUGAUGCAGUGCUAGGAACUGAAGUGAUGAAACUUACUCAUCAAUAUUUAGUUAAAAAAAACUGGGCAAAACCGGAUCUUAAGGAUUUCAAGUCUCAACUUUAUGUUAUUUGGUUUCACCUCUACUCUAGGGAAAGAGGAAAAGGACCUGACUCCUGUGGAUUUGAACAUGUGUUUGUUGGGGAAACUAAACGAGGCCAUGAGAUCCUGGGUCUGCACAACUGGGUGCAGUUUUACCUUCAAGAAAAACUGAAACACAUUGAUUACAAGGGCUAUGUAGCCAGGAAAAACAAAAGCAGGCCUGAUGAGGAUGACCAGGUGUUAAGCCUUCAGUUCAGCUGGAAGGGACAUGUAAAGCCUGUAGGGAGCAUCUUUAUUGGUGUCAGCCCUGAGUUUGAAUUUGCCCUUUAUACAAUCAUUUUUCUGCAAUCAAAUGAAAAAGUUACACGUCAGAGGGUGAGAAUAGAGGAGUAUGAACUGGAGAUUGUUGUUUAUCGCCAUGGACUGUACAUAGGAACAGCUUAUCCAAUCCUCCUCAGCAGCAACAAUGAAGAUUUGUUCUGAAAAUCCCAAAGACAAAGCUUGAAAAGAGAGUAAUUUUUUCUAAUGGCCAUGUCAGAUUUUAGACUGAGUUUUAUUUUACUGUAUAUUAGAUUUCUUUCCUAAACAUUUUUAUCUGUCUAUCAUUUAAAAACUUUUCUUGUGUGAGGAAAUUGUAGUGAAAUGAUACUCAAGAACUACACUUGAAGAUGUGGGUGGCUAGUUCAAAUCAAAUCAUGUUUUCUGCCCUUCUCCCAUGGUGUCCUUGGCUGUUACGUUUUUUUUUUAGCUUGUAGGCCAAAGGUCUCUUGCUUGUUCUUUCCCCUCCCCCCAAAAACCAAUUCAUUUCCUCCUCUGUGUGUUAGUGAAUUGCCUCAUAUAAUUAAUCCCACUCUUCACAAAAGUUGCUUGGUUCAUAUUCUUGUCUACACCUCAAUGUAUUCCAAGUAGGGAUGGACAAGAAUUUAAAUACAGUUCACAUUUCAAGCUGAAUCUAUCAUUUUUGCAGUUUCUGAAACAAUAUGAGAACUGAAACCCAGCCAUCCUUUAAAAUUUGCACUUAUUUGAUGUUGACAAAAUGCAUAUAUUUGGGGAAAGUGCAUCAAAAUGAAUGUAUGAGUCAAAAUAACAUGUAAAAAUGCAUUCUAUGAUGUGAAAAGGCUUGUAAAAUUGUGGACAUUCGUCAAAACUGCCAACAAAAAUAUUAAAUUCACACUGUGAUCUCCUAUCAUGUGCAGCUAGAGGGAAAUAUUGGGAGAGUUCUAAGAUGCACUCUCAGAUCACAUAGGUUGACAACAACCAGUGGGGAUCUGGACAGAUUCUGAGAGCCAGAACAGGGGUAGCCAAUGUAGUUUUCUUCAAAUGUUGGACUACUAUGUCCAUUAUCCUUGACCAUUGACCAUGGUGGCUAGACUGAUGGGAAUUGAAGUCCAACAACGUCUGGAGGGCACUAUGUUGGCUACCCCUACACUCAAACAUUCCCUGGUAUCCUGUGCAAUGUGACAUAGUUGCUUAGAAGGCAAAUGGAAAGAUCUGUAUGCAGAUGGUGAAAAUUUGAAAAGCACUGCCUUAAGGCAUCAAUUCCUUAUCCAUUGCAAAACACCUAGCCAACUUAUAUGGACAUUUUCCAUUCUUGAGAAAGCUUUUUUACAUUACAAUACACAUACAUUCUCCAAAACAGAGAUUACUAGAAUGGUAAUGUCACCUCUGUGCUCACCCUCCCACAGUGCCCAGUUCCAACUGAAUAGACCUAGAAUCAAACUUGGAGGCUUGAGGUCCAAUUAAGGAAAGCCAUAUUAGUACCUGGAUUCAAACUUUGGUAUUUCAUAUACUUUCUGACUAUGUCUGAAUUUUAAUUAGAGCAGGUUUAUAAAUUACCACCUUCCUGGUUCCUUGGGGUCAAGAAUAAAUUUCCUCCAAAUGACUGGCUUAUCUGCAGUGAAAAUCUGGCCCUUUAAAAAGAAAAUAUAGCCAUGUAAUAUGCUAAGUUUAGCUUUGAAGCAAAACAAUUCCCAUGUUUAUGCAAGCAUCCUUACCCUUGCUGCUGUUUGUUUGGAGAAAAAGCCACUAGAACAUACUCCAGAUUCAGAUAUUGGGAUGCCAUGGCAGUUUUUUAAAAUGAAAGCUUAUGGAAGCUUUAAGUUUCAUGUUGAAUGUCCCAUUAUUCUGUGAAAUAAUUAAGUGAGAAAUAGCAUGUUUUCUGGAGAAAAACCAAAUGAUAAUCUCGUAGCAGAUUAAAAAGGAGCCGUAUGAUUAAAGUACUUGGAGCAAAAAUAAAUCCAAAAUUAGUGUUGUGACCUUUUUCCAAAAUAAGGGAAUUGUCAGUUUACAAACUGAUAUCAACACAAUAAUGGGGGGGGGGAGGUGGCCUGCAUGCUACACUGCUUAAAGCAAGACUUUGGGUGAGGGAGAUAGGGAGACUUUUAGCUUACUGGCUAAAAUGAAUUAAAUAUAAAUACUCAAUUCCCAUAAUAAAAAACUAAAAAAAAUUGAUGACAUUAACAGAAACUAUACAUUAUAACAUGGUUUUAUAUGUUCUUAUUGUGAAUUAUAUGCUACAGCGCAAGGUUCAUAAUCUUUCUUUGGUUAAUUAUUUUAAUUUCUUUGAUUAAUUAUAUUAACCAACCCUGCAAGAAGAAAUGAAUUGUUAUUGGUGGCACCAAUUACAGAUAAUGAAUUAAGAUUAGCAAUUGAGUCAAUGAGUACUGGUCCUGAUGGCUUUCCUGCUGAAUGGGUGUCAAAACAUUCGGGGACUAAUUAGCAAUGCUAUUACAUAGGGUUGCCAGGUCAGAGACAUCUCAAACCCUGAGAUUUCAGGGGCAUGCCCGAGUGAUGUCACAGGGGUGGGCCCGAGUGAUGUCACAGGGGUGGGAGUGAUGUCAUUAAGCAUGAUACAUUAAGCAUCAACAACAGUUGUUGGAGCAUACAAUUCAAACUAAACAUUUAUCUGGUUGGAAAUUAAGAUAGAAAUCUUUGCUAAAAGAUGGAGACUAGGUAGGGAACAUUUAAUCUAGCCUACUUGCUUCUGGGAAGAAGGGUUUAAGUGCCCUCAGGCCAGCCCAGUCACCAGAAGGCCAUUGUUGGAAGAAAGGAGCCUAGUGUUGUGGAGAUGGUAGAAGGGAGCACUCAGCAGUAAAGAUGGAUGCACCAGAAGGCUGCAAUUCUAAACAUACUUACUAAAGGACUAAGCCCCAUAGAACUCAACUGGACUUACUUCUGAGUAGAUAGGGUUAGGAUUAUUUUAUUUAUUAUUAUUAUUUGAUUUAUAUCCCACUCUUCCUCCCGGCAGGAGCCCAGGGUGGAUUGUGUUGUUGGUAAAGCUUGACUAGGGAUCCUCUGCAAAGAUAUCCAUACCCAAGUAGGACUGGCAAAAGCAUUCCUGGAAUGCCCUGCUUCUAUCUUUUAACAUGGUUGCUCCAAAUUUCUUUACAGAUUUGACCCUUCACUUCAGAAAGAGGUUUGAGAAAUGAGUAAGAGUAAGAAGAUUCUUUACCCAUUUUUGUGUACCCUGUGGGCUGCUAUAAACUCACUUUGACAGCCAACCCAAUUUCAGUGAGUAAUAAUUGACAGAGAGAAAACAUACAUGGUUUGCUCUACCUUCACAGGCACUGCCUGGAGGUCAACAAAUCUCAACCAUGACCUUCACUUAUUGGCUACAAACAUGAAAAGGCAGGGUUAAAGCAGCCUGCUAUGAGCUGAUUUAACAGAAGUUGUGGGAUGGUGGCGGCUGAUGUUUUGGUGUAUAUCUCGUGAACCAGACCACCUAGAAACUUGUUUUUAAAAAAUGAAAGCUGAGGGUCUGGAGAUUAAGUUGACUCACUCCAAGAGGACCCCUAAAAUCCAGAGUCUCCGGGCAAAAACUGGACACCUGGCAACCUACUAUUACAAUAAAGUACUUCAGAAAGAGAUACUGCCAGCCCUGAAUGAAUGCAGCAACCAUUUCAGUUAUCUUAAAAUGAAACCAGGACUCCUUAGAAACAACAGGCUAUGCCAUUAUUUUUCUGAUUAAUAUUAACACAAAACAUUAUAUUCAAGGCCCCACUUAAAACACUCUAAGUACUGUUACCUCAACUCCACAACAGAUCAGGUGCAUUUGUUAAACAGUACAAGGCAGAAUGUGACUGUACAUAACUGCACAGUUGAAAAACAUCCUCAUCCAUUAGGAGUGCAGUCACUAGAUACUAAAAAGGCUAUUGAUAGGGGGUGCAAGACCUUUUGAGGUUGCAUGGACCAGCUCUGCCUCACCCACUGUCCAUUCAUUUGGCCAGGAUGUGCAGGGUUUUACAUACAUACUAAUGAAUGUGCUUAGACUAGGACUCCUCCAUACAAGGGCCUAAAUAGUUGAUUGAAUCAGUUUGUUAAGGAGUAGGAAUAUCAACAAAACAUUCAAUACUCUGGCUUCUGAAAGCUGCCAAAAUGUAUUUUGCACUGGACUACAACUCCCAUCAUCCCUGACAUUAGUGUUGCUAACUGGGACUGAUGGGAGUUGGACUCUUAACAUGGACAAUUUGUGAUCUUUUUCCUUGGUGAAAAACUCAGAAUUAAUAAUACUCAGAAUAAAUGUUCAGAGGGCCAGAGGUAAUAAUAGAUUCUUCAAUAGCACAUGUAAUGAUAUAGCUGAUGCAAACAGAAUUUUGGGCAGUUGACUGAGGGUGACCUUUUCUGGACAAGUGUCAACAGAAAAAAAAAAAGACCCAAAGUAACUUCAAGGAUGGGAAAAACUCCAUUAUUUCCAACAAUGUCUUGCCUGAAGGAGGAGGAAAUGGAGGUAGAAGAGGGAUCACUUGGACAGCCUGAUAGACACGUAUUCCUGUUUUUUAAAAAGAGACAUUUUAAAUACCUAACUAGGAAAUAAAGAAGAGAGGGUGUUAGACUACGGAUAUAAAUUAUGGACAAUCUAGAAUACACCAUGCCCCAAACGCCUCAAAAUUCUGAAAAUGAUAGCAAGGAACUCUUGAAGAGGCUCCUGCCACAGUAAGGAAAUCGGGACAAGGCCAAACAAAAGGGAGGGGGGUAAGAGAGAACACAGGAUGAUGCUUCAGGUGGAGAUCCACUUCCCACAUCCUGCAGUGUAAAAGUCACUGGGGCACAUUAAUAAGGCACAGCUCUUCCACAUCAUGCAUCUUUUUCCUGCCCAUGUAUGUGUAAUUCUCUAGCUAUGCUCAUAUAGAUAUAUUUAAAAGCCAGCUCCUGGGGUUGACCAAUUUGAACUGUAAACAUUUAAGCAGUAGCCAUAGAAUCUUCUAGUGCUCGGCCAUAGCUCAGUGGCAGAAUCCAUGAUUUAUAUGCCGGAAAUCUCAUAUUCACCAUGACGUAGGGAUGGAAAGAUCUGUCAAUUUCAGUUCUCUCAGUUUCUCAUUUUUCCAGUCUUAAAUUCAGUUCUCCACAUGUCUACAGCAAUUUGCAACUUUCUUUUUUAAAAAAAAUCCUCAUGAAAAUUCUCUGACAUUUUAGUGUGAAUUUCUCCCCACACACACAUUUUUGUAGGCAGUUUACACAUUUUUGCAAGUGGUUUCUUGUCAUAUAAUGUAUUUUUGUAUGUUAUUUCCACUCACAUAUUGUUAUUAAUAAUAAUAAUAAAUUUAUAUCCUGUUCUUCCUUCCAGUAGGAGCCCAGGGCGCCAAACAAAAACACUAAAAACACUCUAAAACAUUUUUUAAAAAAGACUUUAAAAUAUAUUAAAACAUCUUUAAAAGCAUAUUAAAAACAUCUUUAAAAAACCCUUAAAAAUAUCUUAAAAAGCAGUUCCAUAUUUCUUUCCCUUUUGUUUAUCCAUAAAACCCAAUAAAAAAAAUUCUGGCUUUGACUGAAUAUUUAUCUUUAAAAAAAUUUGCAUCCUCCUACCUAUCUGUGCCCAAAAUAAUUUUGCCUGUUUACACGACCACCACAUAUGAUAAAAGAUCCUUCUUGUUGUUUACAUUUCCAACAUACAUUAGAAACAUUACUAUACAUUUUUGACAACUUUUCUGGAGUCAUGUACCAAUGAUACAUCAUUUUAUAAAAAUUUUCUUUAAGAUUAUAGCAUAAUGUAAAUUUCAAACCUUUUUUCCACAUAUUUUCCCAUUGAUCCAUUUGUAUAUUAUAACCAAAUUUUUUUGCCCACUUUACCAUACACUCUUUUACUUGUUCUUCUUCCAUGUCCAUU